UGAUGUUUGAAAAUCUUUAAGAAAGUUUUAAGCAAACAUUUUAAAAUUUUUAACAAAUUUUUCAAAUUUUAGUGAAGCCUUAAAUCUUUUAAGUUAGUAUCAAAAUUCUAAAUUGAGAUGGUUUAAUGGAAACGGGGAGACACAAAUGGCAUAUUCUACGCAAAGAUAUUUUAUGAAAUUUGAUUCGUUGGAAGCCCCUGAUGAAUGUGUUACCGGCAUUAAGCAAUAUUUGUCAUGCCUCGACUCGCGAGCAUGGUCAAUGGAUCCAAUACAAAGGAAUUUGUAUCUGAAGGAUCAAAUUGGUUGUGGUCCAAGUCUUGGCGAUAAAAAGAAACACGGAGAGAAGGGGUCUGCGGAGCCAGCAUUGCAACCAGCUGAAAAAGACAAGUUAACAACACAAGAGAAAACCAAAGAUAGGCCCCAAGAAAUUGAUAAACCUAAAAAUAAUGAUACAGAGCAAUUGGAACAGAGAGAGAAGACCGAAGCAAUUGAUGCUACUCAGGAAAGAUCCAAAGGUGGUAGCGGUUCCGGACAAUGGGAAAGACGAGAAUCUGACAGCGUCCAUUCGGAAGGCGAGAGAAAAAUUACUAACAAAGAAAAUAGUGGCAGAGUUGAAGAAUUACAGAACAAAUCGGUAGACAUUACAAAAUCCGAUGACGAACAAAAGGAAGGAGAUUGGACCAAAACUCACCAAGAUCGCAAGCACUCCCUGAGUAAAACUUUUACAAUCGAUGAUUCUACUUUCGAAAGGGUUGUACGCAAAGAACUUCUCGAGGGACGAACGCCUGUGGUUUCAUCUCAAUCCACUCUGACGCCAGCUUUAGUAAAGCCUGUGGCAAUAAUGGACCAUUUAGGGCACGAGUGUGGGAAUCGACGAAAAUAUAUACGGCAGAUGAUCAAGAUUAAAGGGAAAGAGACCUUAGCCGAAAUGAAGAAACUUUUAAAACAAUAUGAGGGCAGACUGGAUCUAUACAUUAGAGCAUGCAAGGAUCACAUCGCACGAAGAAAAAAUGAACAGUUUCGACAUUAUGAGGAGACCCCAAAAGAGAUAUAUAUCUCAAAUAAGGAACGGAGCUUCAUCCCAAAACCACCAAAGCAGGCGAUGAUUCAGCGAGAAAACCCAGAGGUCCAGCUUAGUUUCGUCAGCGGAAAUGGUGAACCUUUUCAACAAAGUAAUGAACAGGCCCCGGAAUCGCGGGAGCUCUUUGGGGAAAGUGAACAAAGCUUAACCGCACGAGAUCGAAAACAUAAACAUGGUGAGCUGUUCUUCCACGAACCGAAAUCAGCUCUGAGUGCCCAAACAGCGAAGAAAGUGAUUGAUUCGGUGUCGCGUCAAACGGAGGCUUUUCAAAGCCUUGACGUCUACGCACAGGAAUUAAAUGGAGCCAUACAAAAUCUGACUAAAGUUCUCACCGAAUUUGCCGAUCUUAGAAACUUUAUCGGAAAUUUAUUGAAAGUUGAUGGCCCUACUUCUGACCACAACCCGCCAGCUUAUGCAGAGCGACUCCCUUCUCCCAACCCGGGACCUUCUUAUCGAACAGCAGGGCAUUCCCGUCAAGCACUUCGCCCCACUAAUCAAACUUCUAAUCGUGUUCCGGGAAGAUUUCUCUAUGAUAAAGGACAAAAUGGCUCAUCGAAUUCACCACAAAGUAAAGAAACGAUCGGCAAGAGAAACAGCGCUGGAGAAGACCUGUGGAAUACCAAGUGCGAUCGUUUGAUUUCCGAAAUGAAUGAAGCAAGAUUAAUCGACAUCUGCAGAAAAGCCUACCUUGAUAUUCAUAACCAGUUGGUCAACGGAAUGAAUUCAAUGGGAAGCGAGCAUAAUUGCGUAGACCCUCUAACAGAAGUUGUCAAUAAACAUCGGGAAUCACUGCGCAAGCUACGUCAAUACAACCGGACUAUUCUUGAAACCAGCAAUCAAAUCCGCAGUAGAUUAUGGAGAAUCGAAGCGUUAGUCGGCGACAGCUGCGUAACUGGUUUUACAAAAUAUAAUUCAAAUAUAACCUCUCCAGCAACGACAUCGGAUAGUGUUACAAGUUUAUCGGGUUCCAAUUUAAAUCAACCCUUCCCUUCAUUCCCUUCAGAAUCAUUUGAAGCUAUUGGAAACGACUUGAUUAAAGCCAUUGAAGAUCGUAUAGCUGACAUAAAGACUGAAAUUGAUAUAAUUUCCGAGCAGAUUCAAUAUAAGAGAAUGGUCCUUAAUUCUCAGUUUGAGCCCAUAAAUGCGACUUUGCAGAAAAGGCGAAUGAAAGAACGUAAGGUUUUGAAACAAUGUCGCAAAAUAAGGGCCUUAGAGCUUAAAAUGUUAAAAAUUAAGUCUGCAUUUUAUGACAGCCAAAGGCUCCCUUGUAGCUCUUCAGAACAAUUUUGCGCAAAACAGUCCUUAAAGCGAGUAAGAAGCCUCCAAAACAAACUGUUAACAACAGUUGCUAAAUCUAUUCACAAAGAGCACGUUCUGCAGGCAGCUACUUCAGCCAGGGAACGUGCAAGGAAGAAUAAUGAACUCCUGAGGAGAUAUGUGAACAAAGCCCGCAUAAUUGCAAUUCAAAUAGAGAACUACAUCGAUGAUAUGAAGAGAGCCAUUACAAGUAAAACAUCGUCAAUCAACGAGUAUCCUUCCAACUCACAAGUUAUAUCCAAGGUUUUGCGCAAAUAUGCCACCAGGCUGCCAGCUUUAGUGACUAAGCCUUUACCUCCAAAUGCAUGUAACCCUAUUAAAAUGAUCCGAGCGAACAGCGAUACAAAAUUCUUUGAUCAAACCAAAAAUGUAACUGACGACUCCAUUUCAAUCUAUUACACGUCAUCUGCCCCACUUAUAACUGAUUCCCAGUGCGCACAAAGUUCUGAACCAAAUCCUCCAGAAACUUCGGAAAUCGAGUCUGAAAUCUCUCCGACGGUGUUUUAUCCUGCUACUGACGAUCCAUCUUUAAUUGUUAUUAAGUCGCCCGCAUACGGGAUGUUCUCGUCGGAGAGUUCAUCUGUGAAUGCAAAAACAAAUCAGAAAUUAGCUGUGCCUAAUGAAUUCCUUUCGAAAUCAAUCCCUUCUAUACAUUUUUCGUGGGGUCUCGAAUUCGAUGGAGAAAAGGCACCACCAAUGCUGAGAAGUACCUCCAGCACUUCCAUUCCAUCCUUUUGGAGUAAAAGCAGGAAUUUAGAUAAAGAAUUUCCUACUCCAAAUUCAGCCUUCUUCAAAUUUGACGGAAAGAUUUCGAAGACUCCACAAAUUACGUGGAAAAUUUUAGCUGAACAACAAACCAAAUUGGUAUUAACACGGAACAUCUCUGUGACCACACAAUGCGAAGAGAAAAACCGAAAAAUGGGGGAGAGGAUAAGACCAAAGUAUUCGUUUUUAGGCAGGAACUACAGAAAGCAACAGAAUCUGCUUGAAUAUAUAUCAAAGUUGACUAAUCUACGUCCUGUAGGGAGAAGUUCUUCAAUGGCAGAUAAGCACGCCAACAGAGGGUGUGCUUUCGACAUAAGUAAACAGUCGAACGGGCCAGGAGUUGAGUCCUUUUCAAUUGUUGAUAAAACUAGUUCCGAUAAACAUAAUCCCGCUACAAAAACAUCGCAGCUUGGAGAUGGCAAACUAAGGCAGUAUGAGAAUCCUAACGGUGGUAUAACAUCACCAUCUGCAGUCCAACUUCUUAAAAGAAAAUCUAAAAAGGAAACAAAUGCAUUUUGCGGCCAAAUCGGUGAAAGUUGCCUCGGAAAUAAAUUAGCCCAUGUCGAGCCGGGUCGGAAGGGGUCGAGUGAAGCUAUGCGCGGUAAUAAUAUACUAAUAUCUAGAAAAGCAGCACUGGCAACCUCAAAGCGAGACUUUGAGAGCGGCGACGAGAAAACCUUCCGAACAAAAACCAAGAAAAAGCGUAGCGAAGUGCAUAAUCUUGAAAAGAUAUGGGUUAGAUACCCGCCUGGAAGUUUGGACUUCUCGAAAAAGCCUUUUGUUAUUCCCCGGAAAAUUGACAGUUCGAGAGAGAGCGUGAAGUUAAACAAUAAUAAGAAAGACCAAACAAAGGUAAUUGAGGUCUCGGACAGAGAGGUAAAAGAGGAAUCAACAUCGCGACCAGAACAUGCGGAUAUUCCUACUCUAGAUAUACCAGAGAAUGGAGAGCUUUUCAAGCAAAACGUCAAAGUAGUUACCGACGGUAAGGAUAGAAAUAUUUUCAACACAACUUGUAAUGGAGCAGAAAACUCGCAAAAGCGUAAAUCAAAGCUAAGCAGUGUUAUUGCGCAAUAUCGCAUCGAUACUGGAGGCGAAUUAUUAAACACUCCCUUUUUUGACACUGAAGUUCAUCAAACCGGCGGAGAGCAACAAAGAAGAAGAAAAGGAGUCUUGCGAAGCAGUAAACAAAGCCAAUCAGCUCCCAAUAUUUUCUGUGUACCAGAGUUAAUGCCUUGCAGAAUGGAGGAAAUCAUCCAUCAAUUUAGAGAGGUUCUUCCAAUAGUUCGUCACGUUGAUAAUAAUAGUGAAGAUUUAAACAUGGGAUUUUAUGAAAAGAAUGCCAUUCUAGAAACUAGUAAACUAUACUACGGCGAGGAACAUUCCUCAAAUAAACUAAGCUCGUUCAAAACAUUACAUGUUGGACACGUUGGACCUCCUUUUGUCAAGAGCGAUAUGUUAGAAACUCCCGAAUUGGAGCAAGCUUCACUAGACACUUCAUUAGAAGUAAGACAUUCAGGGAUUCGUGUUCCGCCUAACGAUACUAAGAACCAAUUAUCUUUAGACUGGAUCGAUAGGAUAACUGAGAUGAAAAGCGAAUUGAUCACCGUGAAGGGACAGUCGGAAAUUCUCCGCACACGUGAGGAAAACCACCUGAAUCAAAUGAACAUGCUACAAUCGAAGCUGGCAAGUACCUUGCAAACAGUCCAAUGCCUUCAAAAAGAAAUUGAAUGUAUACCGAUAAUGAAAGAUUACGCUAAACAGAGGGAACAAGCCGUCGAAUCAAAUUCCAAAAAUAGAAGGCUGCAGGAGCUUCUAGCAUUAAGGAUUGAAACUCUUGAAAGUGAAUGGAGGACCAACUUAGAGCACAGAAGAAAUCUAAAAGUAAUGCAAGACGACUUGGGGAAAUGUCCGGAAGAUCCAAAUAUCUCGCUGGGUAUACAGCCCAAAUGCCCAGAAACACCGACAAAAGGAGACUGGAAUGAUUGGCUGCAGCAGAUCAAAGACCUUCACAAUGAAACGAAGCAAAUCGGUCAAAUGUUGGACUCGAAAAGCGAUCAGCUCAAGGACUGGCACCUGGGAGUAGAAGCCAGUGAUGAGUUGAACGGAAAUCAAUUCGAAUUUUACAAACCAGCAAAAAGCACAGCAGUUGAAAUGCCGGACGAAAAAAUUAGCGAUUACAAAAACGCAAACAGUAUCCAAAGCAUCAAGAAGAAUGACCACGGAUACACUACUCGCAUACAGCAUAUUACUGAGACCAUCGAUCACUUAAAAGAGCAGAAACAAACAUCUCGGCAGCUUAGAUGUGGCACAGAAGUCCACCAGAAGACAAUUACCGAUGGAGAAAUGAGUGAUCCUAGCAACCGCCUAGGAACGUUAACCGAGUGUCCAGUUCAAAAUGUGGACCUUCAUGAGAUUUUCAUGAAGCAAAACGCAGCAAUCUCUCACUUAACAGAAUUUCGGUCAUCGAUUGAACACUUGAUGCAGACUUUGGAGACCUCUAUAAACACAAAAUGUUCAGUUUGUGAUAAAAAUGCAAAGUGCUGCUGCAAAAGUGAUGAAGUUCUUAAGUAUAUUCGGAAAAUUUUUAAAUGUUUAAAAUCCAGCAAGGAGAACACAAGGGUCCAUACCUGUGAAUGUGCAACUAAAUCUCGCGUAGAGAAAGUCUGCGCCAAAAUUUUGCAGAAAGGCAUACACAAUUUAAAAUGGCGUGAUCUAGAAUACUUACAAACAGUUACUCGCAGAAUUCAAAGUAGGCUACGCGAUCCAAGUACUCACCACAAAGGGACACGAUGUAAGUGUGCUGGUGGUUCGCCACCUAAACUGGGAUAUGGCCAUGACAAGAGGAAGCAGCUUGGGAAAAUCAAGCAAUUAGAAGCGGAAAUCACAGAAACCCGGGAUCUUAUAAAAAAACUAAGAGAGGAAUAUAGUCCGCCACUAUCUUAAAAUAAUCCUUAAUUUGUUGUGAAUGCAAGUGCUGUUAUCCUAACGAAAUAAGUUUUCGAAUUAGUCUGUUUUCUGUUUGCGUCAUUUUCAAAUAGCGAAA